ACCUUCCAAGAAAUCCUCCCUCAAAAGAAGAUGACUUCCUGUUUUCUUGAAGCAGCAUAUCCCCCACCAUUUUUUAUUCAUCGAGAAUGUAAUUAAUUAGAAAAAGUGAUCAAGUCCUUUAAUGGGAUUUAACUCAAGAGUUUGUAUUGCGUUACAUCUAUGCUGCCAGCCUAAGCAGGUGUUUAUUUGACUGAUUAGAAAGACUGUUAGAAGCUAAUUGUAAGAUACAUUAUCUUGGAUAGGUGUAUUUCUUCUAUAAAGAUGGUUCAAAGUUUAGACAGAGCCAAGCUAGCCGAGUUAGAACUGAUGGCAGACAGGGAAUGCAAUAGAGAAGCAGAAGCUGCCAGUAACAAUGUUGCCAUUAUCUUUGGGGUUACUGGGCUUGUUGGAAGAGAGCUAGCCAAAAGGCUAAUCUCAAAAUCCAAGUGGAAGGUCUAUGGCAUAGCUCGAAAUCCCGAGAGGAUACCAAUCAAAAGUUCCGGCAGGUACCAUUUCAUAUCCUGUGACCUGUUAGAUCCUUUGGAAACCAAACAGAAACUCUCUGUUUUACAGGAUGUGACUCACAUGUUCUGGAUCACUUGGGCAAGCCAGUAUCCCCUGGAUAGUCCAGAGUGCUGUGAGCAGAACAAGGCCAUGAUGUCCAACGCCUUGAGUGCCAUCCUCCCCACAGCCAAGGCAUUGAAGCACUUUUGUCUUCAAACUGGGAUGAGUCAUUAUGUACCUGUGAAAGGGGAAACAGCUCAUUUGUUUGAUGAAGAAUGGCCGAGGGCGGCAAAUGCUAGCUGCAACUUUUAUUAUGUCCUGGAGGACUUGCUCCAUGAGACGCUGGCCGGUAAGGUGGCUUGGUCUGUGCAUAGGCCUGGCUUGAUAAUGGGUAGUUCUCAUAGGACUGUGUUCAAUUUUAUAGGAAGUUUAUGUGUUUAUGGUGCUAUCUGUAAACAUUUAAACCUCCCUUUUGUGUUUGGAGGGACAAUGGAGUGUUGGGAAGAAAGCUAUAUGGAUAGCUCUGAUGCUCGGCUAGUAGCUGAACAGCAAAUUUGGGCUGCCACAACUGAUGAAAUACCUUCCACUGAUGGCCAGGCGUUCAACGCAAUCAAUGGUCCGAGUUUUACUUGGAAGCAGAUAUGGCCAACUCUUGGAAAGAAAUUUGGAGUCACAGUGCCUGAAGACAUGUUUUGGGAGGAUUUUUGGUUUACAACAGCCAUGAGAGACAAGAAACAAGCAUGGGAAGAAAUUGUGAUCAAGGAAAGUCUGAUUCAGACAAAGAUGGAAGAUUUGGCCAAUUGGCAAUUCUUGGACAUUUUGUUUCGGGUUCCUGUGAAACUGCUGGGGAGCCGAGGUAAAGUUGACCGCCUUGGUUUCACAAUGAGAAGCAAGACACUGGAUUCAAUCUUGUAUUGGAUUGAUUUCAUGAGAGAUGAAAAGUUCAUUCCCUAGACAUUUCCUCCUCUUUUCUGUGUUUAUUGUUUCUUCUCGCUUUCAUCUCUCCCUCAUAGCUUGUUUGGUUUCAUUUGGAAGCAAAUCAAUAGACAAAAGACCCCCAUAUUGUGAUCACAGAGGCUCAUUUGCAAAUUAAACAAUGUAGAUUUCUUGUC